UGUUGCCUUACAGCAGUGUUUUCUCUUGUUAUCGUCACUUUUCUUCCAUAGUCCAAAUACUGUGGAUUAAGUGAAAGUAUACCACAGCGUUUCCACAGAUAUAGAGAGGUGACCUUAAAAAAAACACUUACAAAUAAUGCUGUUAGUCUCAGAUGAGAUGUUUUUUAGACCCUGCCCUAACUGCUUGUUGCCAUUUCCUUAUUGGGUGUUGUGCAAAUCUGACCACCAGUGAAAUUCAAUAAAUGCUAUGACAUUUCAGGUAGACAGCAGUCAGACAGGGGUGUGACAGUGACAAGUCAUGAAGCCAUUUCUAGACAGAACCGUAAUGCUUAUACUGUACCCUUUAUUCUUCUGUUAUUUCUCUGCUAUAUCUUUUCAGCAAUCCUCCUCCUGUAAUUUACUAGGGCAGUUUCAUCUGAAUGGAAUCCACCAGUCUGGAGAUGUAGUUUUUGGUGGGAUUUUUAAAGUUCAUUUCUUUUCUACUUUUCCUGACAUGUCUUUUACUUCAGAGCCACAGCAACCUGUCUGCUACAGUUUUGAUCCUUUAGGAUUCAGACACGCCCAGACCAUGGCUUUUGCUAUUGAUGAGAUUAACAGGGACCCCAGCCUGCUGCCUAAUGUGACUCUGGGAUACAGUCUGUACGAUAACUGCAUCCACUUAGGGGUUUCAAUGCGCGCAGCCUUGUCUUUAUCAAAUGGCUACGAGAGGCAGGUCAACCUGGAGGAUGAAUGUGACACUCCUCCAGUUUUAGGUAUAGUUGGUGAUUCUUCCUCUACACGUACUAUCGCCAUCUCCAGGGUAUUAGGUUUGUACAGAGUACCUCUGGUGAGUUAUUUUGCUACAUGUCCCUGUCUCAGUGAUCGACAAAAAUUCCCGUCUUUUUUCAGGACAAUCCCCAGUGAUUCUUUUCAGGUGCGUGCUAUGAUUCAGAUUCUAAAACACUUUGGUUGGACUUGGGCAGGUCUGCUCAUCAGUAAUGAUGACUAUGGAGUCCACGCUGCUCGAUUAUUGCAAUCUGAUCUGGGUCCACUUGCAGGAGGUUGUCUUGCAUACACUGAGAUUUUGCCUUGGGGAAAUGACCGCAAUGAACUGAAGAGAAUAGUUAAUGUGAUGAGGGAAUCUACAGCUCGUGUUGUUAUUGUAUUUGCACAUGAGAGCCAUAUGCUCAACCUCAUGGUAGAGGUCAUAAGACAAAAUCUGACAGGACUGCAGUGGAUAGCCAGUGAGGCUUGGUCUUCAGCUGUUGUGCUGCAGAAGCCCCACCUAAUGCCAUACCUAGGUGGAACACUGGGCAUCACCAUCCGUCGAGGUAAUUUGACAGGAUUCAGAAACUUCCUAUUAAAAAUUCGUCCAGAUCUGCAUCAUAACAGCAGCAGUGGAAAUAAUAUGGUAAAUCAGUUUUGGGAAAACAUAUUCCAGUGCAGAUUUAAACCACCUCCAGCAGGUUGGCUAGAAGCUGGAGGAAUAUUAUGCACUGGACAGGAAGCUCUAGAGAAUUUGCUGGAGGACGAAUUCUUUGAUCUUUCAGACCUCAGGCCAGAGUACAAUGUGUAUAAGGCUGUGUAUGCUCUGGCACAUGCUCUUGAUGACAUGCUGCAGUGUGAUCCAGAGAAAGCACCUUUCAGUGGAGACACCUGUGGUCAAUUACAAAGAAUGGAGCCAUGGCAGCUUCUGACCUACAUGGAAAAAGUCAAUUUCACCACCAAAAUGGGUGAUCUGGUGUCAUUUGAUGAGAAUGGUGAUGCCUUACCAAUAUAUGACAUCAUGAACUGGUUGUGGCUCACUGAUGGAAGCACUGAAGUUCAGAUUGUUGGGGAAGUUAAAAGAUAUUUGAAGGAAGAAAAAGUCACACUCAAUGAAAAAAAGAUGUUUUGGAACUUUAAAUCUAAAAAGCCCCCUCGGUCAGUGUGCAGUGAGAGUUGCCCUCCGGGAACUCGUAUGGCCCGAAAAACUGGGGAACCCGAAUGUUGUUUUGACUGUGUUCCUUGUUCAGAAGGAAAGAUCAGUAACACAACUGAUUCCAUGGAGUGUUUUCCUUGUCCUGAAGACUUCUGGUCCAGUCCCCAGCGUGACCAGUGUGUUCCGAAGAAUAUUGAAUUCCUCUCCUACCAUGAGCCUCUGGGUAUCUGCCUGACAACUGCUUCAUUGUUGGGUGCAUUUAUCUGUCUUGUUGUUUUCGCCAUCUUUAUUUAUCAUCGCAGUACACCUAUAGUUCGUGCCAACAACUCAGAACUUAGUUUCCAGCUGUUGUUGUCACUCAAGUUCUGUUUCCCUUGCUCGUUGCUCUUCAUUGGACAACCAAGAUUAUGGACAUGUCAACUAAGACAUGCAGCAUUUGGCAUCACCUUUGUGCUGUGUGUCUCAUGUAUCCUGGUAAAGACUAUGGUGGUUCUUGCUGUGUUUUGGGCAUCAAAACCGGGAGGUGAAGCCAGUCUGAAAUGGUUUGGUACAUUACAACAGAGAGGGACCGUUUUGCUCCUGACAUCUGUCCAAGCGGCCAUUUGCACUGUUUGGCUUGUCACUGCUUCACCCGCUCCUUAUAAAGACACACAGUAUCACAACAACAAGAUAGUGUAUGAGUGUAUCAUUGGGUCCACCGUGGGCUUUGGAGUCUUGCUUGGUUAUAUUGGUUUGCUGGCCGUUGUCAGUUUUUUGUUAGCCUUUCUAGCAAGGAAUCUCCCUGACAGUUUCAAUGAGGCUAAUCUGAUCACCUUUAGCAUGCUUAUCUUCUGUUCGGUGUGGGUGGCCUUUGUUCCUGCCUAUAUCAGCUCACCAGGAAAAUAUGCAGAUGCUGUGGAAGUUUUUGCUAUCCUGACCUCUAGUUUUGGUCUGUUGAUAGCAUUGUUUGGACCCAAAUGUUAUUUAAUCCUCUUCAGACCUGAGAGAAACACGAAAAAAGCCAUCAUGGGUCGAAGACCAGGUUAGUAAACUCAACAUAGCAUCGAUUCAUUAGUUCUCCAUUCAAAGAAAAUAACAAAUAAAUUACUCCUCAAAAACCUAACACAGGAAGUGAUCAGUGUUUACCAAAUCUCUCUUAAACGUUUCAACUUAGACAUUGUAACAUUGGAACUCCUUUUAACUUCCCAGCUAACUUAGUUGACACUUGGUGGUAUAGUUCAGGUAGCACAGUCUUUAAUAAAUAUCUCCUGAAUGGUAAACUAAAGAAUUACAAACCAUCUGUCUUCUCUUUAAAAUAAUGACCCUCUAUUUAGGUAUUCUGCCACACAGUGGUGAAUACAAGAAUUUUCCACAUGUCAGUUUGAAAGUCUUGCAUAAAAAGCAAAACAUUUUCAACAAACUAAACUUUGC